AUGAACCGGCAAUUCAGUUCCAGAUCAUUUUCAGCGGGGGGAAGGAGGAACUACUCUGUCUCCAACAGUGGCUUCCGAGUGGGCAACAGCUCAACCUCUGUCAUCGGAGGAGUGGGAUCUUUUGGUGGUGGCUUUGGCAGCAGAAGUCUCUACAACACUGGUGGAAGCAAGCGGAUUUCUAUGGGCAUAGCUUCCGGUGGUGGUGGAGGAGCUCACUUUGGAAGAAGCUUGGGUGGUGGUCUGGGAUUCAGCAGUUAUAACACAGGAUAUGGGGGUUUUGGUGGUGGUGGCAUGGGCCUAGGUAGUCAUGUUGGAGGCUUUGGUGGUGGUGGUGGCGGUGGUGGAGGAGGAUAUGGAUUUUCAGGCUCAAUGCCUUGCCCACCUGGGCGAAUCCACAAUGUCAUAGUGAAUAAGAACUUACUGACUCCUCUGCACGUGGAGGUUGAUCCUGAGCUUCAGAGGGUCCGGGUGCAAGAGAGAGAACAGAUUAAGACCCUCAACAACAAGUUUGCCUCUUUCAUUGACAAGGUGCGAUUCCUUGAGCAACAGAAUAAAGUCCUAGAAACCAAAUGGGAUCUUCUGUACCAACAAGGCUCUCCAGCACUAAGGGACAAUCUUGAACCUAUUUAUGAGGCUUACAUUGAAACUCUUCGAAGACAGCUUGACAGCCUCUGCAAUGAUAAAAACCAUUUGGACAUAGAACUGAAGAACACACAAGAGCUUGUGGAAGAUUUCAAGAACAAAUAUGAGGAUGAAAUUAACAAACGGACAGCUUGUGAAAAUGAUUUUGUGGUGCUCAAAAAGGAUGUGGACGGCUCAUAUAUGCACAAGAUUGAUCUGGGAUCCAAGUCUGACUCCUUGACUCAAUAUAUCCAGUUCUUAAGAGCGCUCUUUGAUGCGGAAAUAGAAAGCUUACAGGCAGCAAAUGAAGAAACCAGUGUCAUUGUGUCAAUGGACAACAGUCGAGUCCUUGACAUGGAGGGAAUAAUUCAUUCAGUGAGAUCUCAGUAUGAAGAAAUUGCCCAGAAGAGCAAGGAUGAGGUCAAUGCUCUGUAUGAAAACAAGUAUAAAGAGCUGCAGAACACGUGGGGACAUUAUUGCAACAAUCUCAACAGUGGCCGUCACGAAAUCCAAGACCUUACCCGCAUGGUUCAGAGAUGCAAAAGUGAAGUGGAGAGUACCAAAAAACAGCAGAUCUUGGGAUCCUUUGGCAUGAUGAUGACUUUCUACAAAUCACAAGCAAAAGGCAUUAUGAGUUGUAUACCUAAAGUAACCAUGACUGGAGGAUUCAUGAAUAUGGAAAUGAACAGGAGCAGGAGGUAUGAUGAUUUCAAUAACUACAGCAAGCAUGACUGCAGGAUUCGUGAAUAG